AUGACUAUAUUUCUAAACGACGACCAACAACACAGAGAAGCGGAGUCACCGAGAUUCGCUUGCUUACCGGCAUCCAGAGAAUCCACUUAUUUCCCCAUGGUUAUGGGACUCAAUGUGUGGCUCGGGGUUGCUUCCAGGAUUCGUCUGCAAUUCUCAUCCAUUUCUUACACUUGGUACUGGGAACAGUACGGCAAAUUUUACAUCACUCUCAGACCAGAUUACAAUAAUCUGGUGGAAAUGAUUGGAGAAGAUGAUAAUUAUCAACUGAUCUUCAUCAACAUUCCGAGUAGCGUAAACAACGAAGCCGCCGUGAAUUUGCGAUUGGAAGCCCGUCUAGAUUUUCCAGAAGAGUUGAAAGUUCAGGCCGAAAAUAAUAUCAUCGGGAGGUCGCUUUAUCCGAUCGCAGUAGUACUGAUCAUCACAAUCCUCCAUCUUCUUCUCCACCGGAGGAAAUGA